GGCCGGGGCGGUGUGAGCGAGGGCUCCGUGUGAGCGUGAGCGCGGGGGGGCAUCUCCUGCGAGGAGAAAACGCAAGGUCAAGAGGCAGUCCUCCUCCUCCUCCUCCAUGGAAGAGGACGGGAGCAAUGAGCCCUGAGGAGGAAGGAAGGGGAGAAGGGGCGGAUGGCUGAGAGCUCCUAGUGCCGGGCUGCGCCUCGGGAGCGCCGAGGCGCGGAGGAGAGCCGCCCGGCGCGGCAGCGGCGCUGCCCUGGGGGAGCGCGGGCGGCGCUGCCAUCGCUGCCAUCGCUGCCGGCGGCCGCGGCGCGGCGAGGAUGGAGCUGGGCAGCGCCGUGCGGAGAGCGGGAGCUGCCCCUGCGCCCCUGGGCGUCUGGAGACCUUUCCCCUCUCCGUGCUGCUGCUGCUUCUCCGCGCUCCUGGACGUGAACAGCUGGCUGCUUUUCUACGGCUUCUUGUACCUGGCCCUCUACGCCCAGGUGUCCCAGUCAAAGUCCUGCGACAAAAUCUCCUGCUUCUCGGGUCAUUGUGUCAACUCCACUUGUGUCUGCGACCAAGGCUGGGUGGGAGACCAGUGCCAACACUGCCAGGGCAGGUUCAAGUUAACAGAACCUUCUGGAUAUUUAACAGAUGGACCAAUAAAUUAUAAAUAUAAAACUAAAUGUACAUGGUUAAUUGAAGGAUAUCCUAAUGCUAUCCUAAGAUUAAGAUUUAAUCACUUUGCUACAGAAUGUAGUUGGGACCAUAUGUAUGUAUAUGAUGGAGAUUCAAUAUAUGCACCUUUAAUAGCUGUAUUUAGUGGUCUAAUAGUCCCUGAAGUGCGUGGAAAUGAAACUGUUCCUGAAGUAGUUACUACUUCUGGCUAUGCAUUGUUACAUUUUUUUAGCGAUGCUGCUUAUAACUUAACUGGAUUUAACAUUUUUUACUCAAUUAAUUCUUGUCCUAAUAACUGCUCAGAACAUGGGAAAUGUACAACCAGUGUGUCUGUUCCAAGCCGGGUGUACUGUGAAUGUGACAAAUAUUGGAAGGGAGAAGCCUGUGAUAUUCCGUACUGCAAAGCCAACUGUGGUAGUCCAGAUCAUGGAUACUGUGAUUUGACAGGCGAGAAGCUGUGUGUUUGCAAUGAUAGCUGGCAAGGUCCAGAUUGUUCUUUGAAUGUCCCUUCCACGGAGUCUUACUGGAUUCUACCAAACGUAAAGCCAUUUAGCCCUUCUGUGGGCCGGGCUUCCCAUAAGGCAGUUCUUCAUGGAAAAUUUAUGUGGGUGAUUGGUGGAUACACUUUUAACUACAGUUCAUUCCAAAUGGUAUUAAACUACAAUUUGGAAAGCAGUAUAUGGAAUGUAGUACCUGUAUCCAAAGGGCCACUCCAGAGAUAUGGACACACUCUUGCUUUAUAUCAGGAAGACAUCUACAUGUAUGGAGGUAAAAUUGAAACACAUAAUGGGAAUGUUACUGAUGAGUUGUGGAUUUUCAACAUACACAGUCAAACAUGGAAUACUAAAACUCCUGCAGUACUUGUACAUGGCCAACAAUAUGCUGUGGAGGGUCAUUCAGCACAUAUAGUAGAGCUGGAUAGCAGAGAUGUUGUUAUGAUCAUCAUUUUUGGAUACUCUGCCAUAUAUGGUUAUACAAGCAUUGUGCAAGAAUACUACAUCAGGUCUAAUUCUUGGCUUGUGCCAGAAACAAAAGGAGCAAUUGUGCAAGGUGGAUAUGGUCAUACUAGUGUCUAUGAUGAACUGACAAAAUCUGUUUAUGUCCAUGGUGGAUACAAAGCAUUACCUGGCAAUAAAUAUGGAUUGGUGGAUGAUCUUUACAGAUACGAAGUUAAUACAAGGACAUGGACUAUUUUGAAAGAGAGUGGUUUUGCAAGGUAUCUUCAUUCAGCUGUCUUAAUCAAUGGAGCUAUGCUCAUUUUUGGUGGGAACACUCAUAAUGAUACUUCGCUGAGUAACGGUGCAAAGUGUUUUUCUGCUGACUUUCUUGCAUAUGAUAUAGCUUGUGAUGAAUGGAAGAUUUUACCAAAACCUAAUCUGCAUCGAGAUGUCAACAGAUUUGGUCACACUGCUGUUGUCAGUAAUGGGUCCAUGUAUAUAUUUGGGGGGUUUUCAAGUGUUCUGUUGAAUGACAUCCUUGUAUACAAGCCUCCAAACUGUGAAGCAUUCAGAGAUGAAGAACUAUGUAAAAAUGCUCGUCCAGGGAUAAGAUGUCUGUGGAACAAGAAACACUGUGAAUCGUGGGAAUCUGGACAUGCUAAUAACAUCCUUAGAGCAAAAUGUCCUAAAAAGGCAGCUGCUGCAGAUGACAGAUGUUACAGAUAUGCAGACUGUGCAAGCUGUACUGCUAAUACUAAUGGAUGCCAGUGGUGUGAUGACAAGAAGUGCAUUUCAGCAAAUAGUAACUGUAGCAUGUCAGUUAAAAACUACACCAAAUGUCAUGUGAGAAAUGAACAGAUCUGCAAUAAAUUGACCAGCUGUAAAAGCUGCUCACUACACCUGAACUGCCAGUGGGAUCAGCGGCAGCAAGAAUGCCAGGCAUUACCUGCUCAUCUCUGUGGGGAAGGAUGGAGUCAUAUUGGAGAUGCCUGCCUCCGCAUAAAUUCUAGUCGUGAAAGCUAUGACAAUGCCAAACUAUAUUGCUACAAUUUAAGUGGGAAUCUUGCUUCAUUAACAACCUCAAAAGAAGUGGAAUUUGUUCUGGAUGAAAUACAGAAGUAUACACUUCAGAAAAUUUCACCUUGGGUUGGUUUACGCAAAAUCAACAUCUCGUACUGGGGAUGGGAUGACAUGUCUCCUUUUACAAAUACAACUCUGCAGUGGCUUCCUGGAGAGCCAAAUGACUCUGGCUUCUGUGCGUAUCUGGAAAGAGCAGAGGUGGCUGGUCUGAAAGCGAAUCCAUGUACUGCAAUGGCAGAUGGUCUUGUCUGUGAAAAACCUGUUGUUAGUCCCAAUCAGAAUGCUAGACCCUGCAAAAAGCCAUGCUCCUUGCGAACAACGUGUUCUAACUGCACAAGUAAUGGUAUGGAGUGUAUGUGGUGCAGCAGUACAAAACGAUGUGUUGACUCAAACGCCUAUAUAAUCUCCUUUCCAUAUGGACAGUGUCUGGAAUGGCAAACAGCCACAUGCUCCCCUCAAAACUGCUCUGGACUGAGGACCUGUGGACAAUGUUUGGAACAGCCUGGAUGUGGAUGGUGUAACGAUCCCAGUAAUACUGGGAAAGGACAAUGUUUGGAAGGAUCAUCAAGAGGACCAAUGAAGCCUGUUGGCAUGCACUCCAGUGAAAUGGUGCUUGAUGCUAGUCUUUGCCCAAAAGAGAAAAACUAUGAGUGGUCUUUUAUCCAGUGUCCAGCUUGCCAGUGCAAUGGCCACAGCACCUGCAUCAACAGUAAUGUUUGUGAUCAGUGUAAAAACUUAACCACAGGAAAACAAUGUGAAACAUGCAUGCCAGGAUACUAUGGGGAUCCCACAAAUGGAGGGCAGUGUACAGCUUGCACAUGCAGCGGUCAUGCAAAUAUUUGUCACAUGCAAACGGGAAAAUGUUUCUGUACGACUAAAGGAAUCAAAGGAGACCAAUGUCAACUCUGUGAUUCUGAAAAUAGAUAUCUUGGAAAUCCACUUAGGGGAACCUGUUAUUACAGCCUUUUGAUUGAUUACCAGUUUACCUUCAGCUUAUUACAAGAGGAUGAUCGCCAUCACACUGCUAUAAACUUUAUAGCCAAUCCAGAACAGUCAAAUAAAAAUUUGGAUAUAUCAAUUAAUGCAUCAAACAACUUUAAUCUCAAUAUUACAUGGUCUAUUGGUUCUACAGCUGGAACAAUAUCUGGAGAAGAGAUUCCUGUUGUUUCUAAGACUAAUAUUAAGGAAUACAGAGAUAGCUUUUCCUGUGAAAAAUUUAACUUUCGAAGCAACCCGAACAUCACUUUCUAUGUCUAUGUCAGCAAUUUUUCCUGGCCAAUUAAAAUACAGAUUGCCUUCUCACAGCACAAUACUAUCAUGGAUCUUGUGCAGUUCUUUGUCACCUUCUUCAGGUAUUUGUGGAGUCCCGUGCAAUUCCAGGGAGGAUAGUUGGCACAGAAAACCUACAUUCCAUCAAUCCCACCUCAUGGAUGAGAUAACUGUCGCUUAUAACCAAUCAUGAAUUAAGAUUGUAUCCUGGCCAGCUGCAAAAGAGCGGUAUCACUUGCUCAGAACUGUCUGUGCUAAUUGCAGAAGACCAAAAUAAUCUCUGUGUUUUAGAGAAGGGACUCUUUUUAAGCUUCAUAAUUUUUCCACAUAUAUUCUUCCUCUGUCAUUGUUUUAUCAAAGUUAUGAAAUGUAAGCACACUCUUCUCCAUUUAUGAAAAAAAUCACUUAAGAAUUGUUAUGCAUGUCUGAGCAUAUCUCCUGUAGUGGACAGUCUAAUGAUGCAGUUAUAUGAGAUCUUUAAUGCUAGGCUGUGUGAGAUCUUUGUAAGGCUGUUUUCUUUAAAAUAAGUUACAGUUCCAGGUACUUUUCUUUAUAAGAUGAGAGAAUAACAUCUCUGCUGAGGAGUUCCUUUAUAAUCUUUUUGCCAUAGUCAAUAAGUAGUAUAAGAUGAAAAUAAAUUUUCAACUUCAUAUACAUCUACUCUGUGGAAGAUGUGGAAUUCUAUAUUGUCAGCUUUAUAUAUACCUGAACUGUCAGCCUUUCCUCACUUUAGAAUAACUUUAUGUAUUCUAGUGUUCUCUAUACCAGCAGAGCUGCUCGUAGCAAUUAUUUUGCUGUGUGAACUGCAGAAAGGGAAUGCACAUUUUCUAUUGCCAUAUUUAAAAAGUAUAUUGAAGAACAGUGCUUUCUGCUGAUUCCCCAUAUUUGUGUAUAUUUUUUACAGCCAGGAGCUAAGGUGUAAUGUUUGUAAACCUUUCUUUUAAAACCAUGUUCAGUAGUUUUAUGAAUUACGUCUCUGCAAAUGCUGUUCCGCAGAUCUAACAAUGAGCUUCCUUACCUUGCAUCCUUACCAAACAAGGAUCGACCUGAGAGAACCAGAGUAGCAGAAGGUCAUAUGUAUGUCUUUUCCACUGUUGUUCUGUUCUUAUGGAGUUAGUAGUUGCAGACAUUUGAGAAGUGAGUUUUAGGAACAAUUUAUAUGACUUUCAUGGCUUUAUAUGACUUUCAUGUUUUUUCUAUGAUUUUCAUGGGGAAUUAACAUACGUCUAAGCUUUAUUUAUGGAAAAUACCUGUUUUCAGGCUUACUUCCAAAAAUAACAUUAUAAGCACUUGUACGUCUGGAUAAGAAUUGUUCAUGUAAUGAACUUCAAAUGAACUUGAAGGUUGUUGCUUAAUUUUUAUGAAUUCCACUUGAGAGACAAAUAGAUAAAUAAAUGCAAGUUUGCAUUUGAAAGAAUUUUCAUGAUACUUGCAGUUUUAAAUUCAAUUUUAGAUCUUUUGCAGUUGAAAGGGCAUGAGCCCUUUGUAGGGCUUUAGGAUUAGGGAAUUCACAGAUGAAUUAAGUCUUCAGGCUACUUUUUUCAUGGGGAAAUAGGUAGAAAGUGGGAGCUUAGGAGUUACUGCUUUACUAAAACAAUAGGGGCAGGAAGAAUCUGGAUUACAGUAGGAGAUGGAGCUAGGCUGAAGCAGGAGAAAACAGUAAAAUCUGUGUCAGUGAAGAAGGAAAGAUUGACCAACUAUUCCAGAUCAGUUCCAGAAAAUGGUAUGUGGGAUGCAGUAGGUGCAUGGCACCACAGCUACUGCUAGUUUUUUUCAUGAGUAAUUCUCACUAUUAUCAAAAAUAAGAGAAGGGAGUUCUUUAACCACUUAAAUGGUUAUGGUGCCUUAAUAGGUGGUAUGUUUCACUGGCUGUAACAGCAAGAGCUUAUUUUAAACCAGGAAACAAAUACAGUUGUCUGAAAUGUCUUAGCUUCUCAGAAUCAGCAAAGAUUUAUUUCUGUGACCCCCAACACUGCACAGCUAUUGACUGGAAGUUGUAUGUCCUACUUCAUUGCUAGCCAGGACUGCUUUCCCUCUCAGCCUCACACACUUCUAAUUUGAAACCAUAACACUUCAUUUCCAGAAUAAUUUAGGAUUGCUAAUCAUUGAAAUAUUCCUAUUUAUAAGAAUAUUUGCAAAACCUGUGUGCAGAGCAAUUCAAUUAAUCAUUAAAAACAUCCAACAUUUUAUAUGUAUUUCAUAUGUAUCAGAUUCUUAAUAUUCUGUUUACAGUGCUUUGUGCUUCAGAUAAUGCUGCUGAAAUCUUUGGAGCUGCCUUUCAUGUGUAUUAGUUAACACAAGUAAGGAUGGCUGAAUCAAUCACAUCAUAAUCAUGAGCACAAUAUUCUUGUCAAGAACAGUGGGACAAGUCAAUUGCAGUGACAAUAAUUGCUUUUCAGAGUCAUGGUUUCAGAAAAAAAAAAUUGUUAAUUACUUUUAUUUCAGUAUUGUGCUUGCUUUAUAAAAUACCAAUUAAAAUAUGCUCUAUUUGCCAGUAGAGGAUAACAAAUAAUAUAAUAAUGUGUCAUUAGAAAAACAGUUCUUAGAAAAACAGUAUAUGUGGUCUGUUAGGAGUCUUGUGCAAUGUUAAUUUAAAAACAUUAACUUACAUAUGAGACUCAUUUUCUUCAUUUGCAUGUAUCCACAUUAAAACCCCCUUUUUUCAA